AUGUCGAAGAGCUCUUUUAAAGCAUUCGUCGAGUACAAGGGACCUGAAGGAGGAUUUCGUGUCAAACUGGCGGAUAACGCUGACGACCUUUCCGAGGAGGAGACGGAGGAUGAUGACCGCACUAGCAGGUGUUACUCUGAGAUCACCGACAGUGAAAGUGAUAUCCAACCAUUUGCUGCACAGAAACAAAAAGCUGAAGCGAAGAAAAGGCAUGAUAAGGCUUGGUUUGCUGCUAAAGAGUUGGUGGAUAGUGAGAGAAGAUAUGUGGAUAAAUUGCGGUUGUUAGAUGAGAUAUUCCGAGAAAGAGUGGUAAAAGAAGCGGCCAUCGACAAAGACAAGCAGCACAAGAUAUUCGCAAACAUUGCUAGUUUGUAUCAAUUCCACAAUACUCACUUCCUUCCUCAAUUAAUGGAGGCAAGCCGAGAUUGGCACACAACGAAAAGGUUUGCAAGACUUUUCCAAUGCUCCUCAGACUUUCUUAAAUGUUACCUAUUUUUAUUUUGACC